AUCAAAAUGUGUGAAAUUUAAAUUCCAGGUAUGUAAACCAGAAAGACAUGCUGUACGUAGCUUCAGCUAUUGAUCCACGUUUCAAAGCUCUGCCAUUUCUGAAUGAGGAGGAGCGAGACAGGACCUUCUCCAAACUCCAGACUGAAGCAGUGUGUGGGAUGGAGGAAGAUGCAUAUAAUCAAGAUGAUGCUGCUGAUGAAGUUGAUGGAGUGAAUGAAGAGGUGGAACCCCAACCUCCGGCACCCAAGCAAUUCAAGCAAUCCAGUGCUUUGGAGUCUCUCCUUGGGGAAGCCUACAGACCACAACAGGAAGUAGGACCACAGAAAACUAAAGCGGCAGAGGCAGAAGAUGAGAUCAAAAGGUACAGGGCAAGGAGACCUGCGGGACUGCAGGACAAUCCUCUCAUCUGGUGGCGGGAGAAUGAAAAGGAGUAUCCUCUUUUGGCUUGCAUGGCAAAGCGAUAUCUCUGUGUCCCAGGAACCAGCGUCACAUCUGAGAGGGUUUUUUCAACUGCAGGUGAUAUCAUUACUGCCAAAAGAAGUUGCCUUACACCUGGGCAUGUCAAUGAGCUACUGUUCCUGCAGACGAAUCUUUCCAUUCCUGAGUGA